CGCUUUUCUGAUGUUAAUCAAAACCCGGCCGCCUCUGCCUGCGCGCGCACACACACGUGCGAACGGAGAAGUUCACCUAAAACCUAGAAGCCGAAGUGCUGGAGUUUUUCUGAGCGCAGGAUGAAACAGAAACGCUGAGACGCUUUUUAGGCUCCUUUGUUCAGUUUUUAAGCGAAAAUGCUCCAGUUUGGAGUCCUGCUCCUCCUCCUCGCUCAGCCCGCGCGCUCCUCCUCGUGCCCAUCGGGCUGCGAGUGCUCAGAAGCGGCUCAGACAGUGAAGUGCGUCUCGAAGGAGCUCCGCUUCGUCCCGGCCGGGAUCCCCGCCUACACGCGCAACCUGUUCAUCACCGGGAACCGGAUCAGCCGCCUGGGACCGGACAGCUUCGCAGGACUGGACAAUGUGACCACACUGUCACUCAGCAACAACAGAAUAUCUGAGGUGGCGUCUCACACCUUCUCCAGCCUGCGCAGCCUCAGAUCUAUGGACCUGAGCAGCAACCAGCUGGCGCUGAUCCACCCCGAAGCAUUCGCGGUGCCGGGCCGCAUGCUGAAGGAGCUGAAUCUGAGCAGAGCACUCUAUAACCACUCCUCCGUCAUGGACCUGGCCACCUCGCUACGCUGGAGUGGCCUGGAAGGCCUGCAGAGCCUGGACCUGUCCGGCAACGGGCUGAUCUACCUGCCCCCUCGCAUCUUCUCCCACCUGAGCGGCCUGCGACGCCUCCAGCUGGCCAACAACUCCAUUGUGUCCGUCUACAAUGAGACCUUCUCAGGCCUGGGGCAGCUGGAGGAGCUGGAUCUGAGCCUAAACGCCCUGAAAACCUUUGGAGACGAGGGCCUGGCAGAGCUGGAGCGCGUUCCCGGGGCGAAGCUGCACCUCGGGCAGAACCCGUACACGUGCACAUGCGGGAUCGAGCCCUUCACCGCCUGGCUGAACACGUCACGGGCGCGUGUGGUGGACGUGGAGCGACUGGUCUGUCUGUUCCCCGUGGAGCUGCGCAACACCUCCCUGCUGGUGGGGGGGGCGCUGGCGCUGGGGUGCCACCGGGCCGGAGAGGGUGAUAACCUGGCCCUGCAGACGUCCUACGUGUUCCUGGGCAUCGUGCUCGGCUUCGUGGGGCUCAUGUUCCUCUUUGUGCUCUACCUGAACCGCAAAGGCAUCAAGAAGCGCGUCUAUGACAUGCGGGACGCCUGCAGAGAAGUGUGGGAGGGCUAUCACUACCGAUACGAGAUCGAUUCCGACCCCCGACUCUCCCAGGUCUCCACCACCGCGGACAUCUGAUCUGGACUCAGCUUGGACUCUUUUGAUCCUGGGCUCCUCUAAGCUCCUGGGCUUGUUUUCAAUCUGGAGGAAAUCAGUGAAAAACUCUGUGUCUUGUGUAAAUAUGAACGUAUUCUUGUUAAAGUAGGAUUAUUAUAGGAUUUUUCCACUCUAUGAAAGCAUGCACUGCCUUUUCUCAUAUUCAGGAGCCGUUACAGCGAGCACACUGCAGCCUCACAGUGACCGGGCCAGCUGGUGGACUGUCCACUUUAAAAUAACAGCAACACUUCACUGAAGGGCAGCGUUCAUAAGGCUGCAAGACACCUACAUUAUAACUGACAUAAACCAUUAUAGACGUUUAUAAAGGCUUUUUCCAGAGAGCAUUAGUCUAAAAUGACAUGAGAGCUGAAACACUUCGGGGGAUUUUUAAAAGCAGGCUUGAUGGACUUCAUGGCCGCAAUAAUAGGUCAAAUUUCUUCACCUAAAACUUAAAAUUGCAGUUUCAAAGUAAAAGUGAUGAAUCAUUAUCCUUAUCAUUAUCAUUGGUUAAAGCAGAUAAGUGACACUUAUAACUAUAAGCUUGAAUAAAUGUUUACGCAGUCAGUUAUACUGAAAGGUUAAUGAAUGCCGCCCUUCAGUAAAGCGUUAGGAGACAAACAGACGCUUCCAGCUGUCCAUUACGUCCACAGUCUGAGUACAGAUAAGUGCCUUUGGUCAACUAGAGACAUCUCAACCAUCACGCCAUUCCGUCCAGAUCUGAGAGGCGUUUACAGUCUUUAAAGCAGAGCUGGGCGAUAUUGUGAAAAUAUAACAUCGCAAUAUUUCCACGAUAUAUCACAAUAUUUAUUUUUUCAGGUAUUUGAUCAUAUUGUAUUGGGACAUAAUUUAUCACGAUACAAAAUAUCGUCAUAUUGCCCAGCCCUACUUUAAAGGGAACUGAUUGUUCUCCAAACACACUGAUUUGGCCCUGAGAACCGUUCUAAUGCAUGCUGUCGCCGCAUGUUCCUCACAGAGCCGCUCAGCACUCCGUCCCUUUGCCUGCAGGGAGCCCACGAAGAAUGCGGCUGCCUUUCUCUCCACGGCAUUCCAGCUGGAGGAUAACCUUCUCCAAAGCUCUCCGCCUUUGUGCCGGAUAAACGGGGAGAGAGAGAGAUCGAGAGAGAGACGAGAGAGAGAGAGAGAGAGAAAUGAAAAGGAGGAUCUUUCAGGGAAAAGGAGCCAGCUGCGGAAAUCUCUGCUCCUCUUCUGUUUCUCUCUUUUUUUUCCCCUUCGGAAGAAACUUUGCUUUGUUUUUAUUCCUCUCAUUUUUAUUGUCAGGAUGAUGAGAAGCAGCCCUGGACGAGGGUUUGCUGAAGACGGCGGUCGGCCACUGGCCCUUUGAAGGCCCGGCCUGGCUCGGCUCCUCCAGAGCUCGGCAGCUUUUUCUGUUUAAGGGACUUUGUGGUGAUAAGAUACAGAUGAAACCAGGGGGCCGCCUCGCUUAAGGGUCCCCUUCCCUUUUUCUGAGUACAGCAGCCAAGUGCACUGUAGUGGGCCCUCCAAACGUGUACCUGAUGUUCUACAGAACCAACAGCGUGGACAGAGAACGUGCACAGUGUGAAAUGUCUUUUUAAAAUGGGAAUUAUACUCUGCUCACAGAACUGAGGCGAUUAAACCCUGAACCACAACACAGUGCUUUAAAAGCCCUUUAGUGCAGGACUGGGCUGGAGGAGCGUCCAGAACCCGACCUGGGCCACUUUUCUAAAGUCUGUUAGCACAAACGUUACUGUAAGAGCGUCACUUUUUUAGAAUUCUUACUGAGAAUAUUUAUCCGUGCCUGAUACUCGAUGCCAUAACAGCAGGGCUGAACGAUUCGGGGAAAACAUCUAAUUGUAAUUAUUUUGAUCAAUAUUGUGAUUACAAUGAAAAUGUGAUUUAUGUUCUAUAAAUUUGCCAACAAGACCAGCACGUCCACAUUUUUGAACACUGACUGCAGCGUGACAGACUGUUCACAAACUCUCAGUUUUUAGGUUAAAUUUCACACUGAAAGGGGGUUCUACCACUUUUUUCCUAAAUUCUCCAUAAUUCUAUGUGUGAGAUGUAAACAGAGAGAUUCAGAGCGGUUUGGUGUGAAAUGGUUCAGAUGUCUUUACCGUGGUGGUGAUAGGAACCAGGGGUCGCCAUGACUACA